AUGCAUCCUAUAAGAUCAGUAAGAAGGAACGAUGGGCAGAACCAUGCUGCUGAUUCACCACCUGCUCCAAGGAGAAACAAUCGUGCGAAUGUGGAUAAUGGAAACCAUCCACCGACCCCUCCACAGCCACCAACAUCAUUGACGGUCUACCCAGAAGAUGUAGACAGGCUUGAGCCACUUUAUGAAAGGUUUCGGAAGCAGCAUCCUCUAGACUUUGAAGGAAUUAGUGAACCGAUCAUAUCAGAAUCAUGGAUAAGUCGAAUAAGAUCAAUCCUAGAUUUCAUGCGGGUUGUGGGUAAUGACAGGGUAGCUUGUGUUACCCAUAUGAUAAGGAAGGAUGUGAGGAUAUGGUGCGAGGUGGUGGAGCAGAUCAGAGAUGUCGCUAGGAUGGCGUGGGAUGAGUUUUGUGAGGUGUUUGAGAAUAAGUACUAUAAUGUUGUGGUACAUUCAUUAAAGGUUAAUGAGUUCAUUGGGCUGGUGCAAGGAAAUUUGACAAUAACAAAAUAUGCCCAAAAAUUUGAUCGACUCGCUAAGUUUGCAUUCGAUCAAGUACGUACAGACGUGGCUAGCAAAGAUCGUUUCUUGAGAGGGAUUAAACCUAUGAUAGCCUGUGAUGUUGAAAUAGUUUCUACUGGGGGAGCUAAUACUUACGCCCAGGUUGUGGAGAGGGAACUCACUGCUGAAAUGUUGGAAGACAGACUUGGGAAGGAUGGAGCUGCCAGAAGAGAUGCCAAAAGUAAUGCUUCCAACAACAAUAAUGACCAGAAAAGGAAGUUUAGUGAAGGGUUAGGGCCAUAUGAGGCAGAUAAGAAAGCCAAGGAUGAAAAGGGUAAUAAAAAUGGAGGAAAUGGAAAAACUCAUCCUGAGUGUCCUAAGUGCAAGAAGCGACAUCAACGAGAAUGUCAUGCUAAGGCAUGCUACCAAUGUGGAAAGGAGGGCCACAUCAAGAGGAACUUCCCAUAUUGGGGUACAUCAAGAGUGUAUUUGUCAAAUGUACAUGUAGCCAAACCUUUGGGGAUUAUGGACUUUUGA